AUGAGUGCACUGGCCAGGGAGAUGAACACGCUGCGCCAUGGAGUGCUGGAGGAGCUGCGGGGCACCGUGCAAGAGGUUGGCACGGUUCUCCUGGACUUGUACCACAGGUGGGUGGCUGUUUGUCUGGACGUGAACCACAGGUGGGUGGCUGUUUAUCUGGACGUGAACCACAGGUGGGUGGCUGCUGGACAUGAACCACAGGUGGGUGGCUAUUUGUUUGGACGUGAACCACAGGCUCAGAGUUCUGCGACCGUGCGCUUGAAGAGUUCUGCGACCCUGCGACCGUGCGCUUGGAGUUGUGUGUCCAGCUGUGGGACGUCAUAUCAAGCCCUGCCAUGCCCCCUGCCAUGCCCCCUGCCAUGCCCCCUGCCAUGCCCCCUGCCAUGCCCCCUGCCAUGCCCCCUGCCAUGCCCCCUGCCAUGCCCCCUGCCAUGCCCCCUGCCAUGCCCCUGCCAUGCCCCCUGCCAUGCCCCCUGCCAUGCCCCCUGCCAUGCCCCCUGUCAUGCCCCCUGCCAUGCCCCCUGCCAUGCCCCCUGCCAUGCCCCCUGCCAUCCUCCUGCCAUGCCCCCUGCCAUGCCCCCUGCCAUGCCUCCUGCCAUGCCCCCUGCCAUGCCCCCUGCCAUCCUCCUGCCAUGCCCCCUGCCAUGCCCCCUGCCAUCCUCCUGCCAUGCCCCCUGCCAUGCCCCCUGCCAUGCCUCCUGCCAUGCCCCUUGCCAUGCCCCCUGCCAUCCUCCUGCCAUCCCCCUGCCAUCCUCCUGCCAUGCCCCCUGCCAUGCCCCACCCCACUCUGCAGGGUGCGAUCAGAGUUUUGCGACCAUCUGUGGGACGUCAUGGGUGCGGCAACCUUCUGGUACACCAGCACCGAUGCCUACUUCAUUCCCUCUCUCUACUACAUCCCCUCCUUCGCUGUGA